GGUAAUUUCGUUAAUAAUUCUUUUGGUAUAUAUAUUCCAUUUAUUUUAUUGUUAAUUAGGCUCUCGAUCCCUGAGAGUCGCGAAGCCGAAACGACACGAGACGGUGGAGAGCACGGGGAAAAUGAUUACGGAGAAGAAGGCAAUGCCGUUGUCCAGGCACCUGAAGAAAUCAGAGACGUUCAAGGACACAUGGGAGAAUCAGGUGAACGUGGAUCCGCUGGCUGAGCCGUCGCCGGUGGUGAAGAAAUCGGAAACGUUCAAGGACCGGACCAAUUUCCAGCUGUCACCGGCGCAAGUGAGCUCCUCCCUGGCUUUAGUACUGAAGCUGAGAAAGGAAACCUCGCUGAGUCAGGACGAGUUGAAUUGGCGAGUGGAGGCAUUUAUGAAGAAGUUCAACGAGGAGAUGAGGUUGCAGAGGCAGGAAUCACUUAAUCAAUACAAGGAAAUGUUUAACCGUGGAAGUCACUAAAUUAACAAAGGGGAAAUUAUGUG